AUGGGCGUUUGCCGAAGGCUGCGGCUUAGGAGGAAAUCCACACCGCAGAAUGCUGCUGAAUCGCUACGAACUCCGAUCAUGUCGGAUUUGCCGAUGAAUCUGCUUCGCAACAUCUUGGAAGCAAUACGCUUGCCGGAGUUGGCUGCGUUGCAAAUGGCGAGCGUUGAGUACCAGCAGAUUCUGCGAAAUGCCAUUGGGCAGGAGGCCUCGGCGCCCGUUUUGGUAUUCUUGCAGAUUGUCACUGGUGCUGGAGCUGCUGGAGUAGAGGUCUGCGACAUUUCUGCCUUUCGAGCACAGUCGUGGAGUUUGGAGCGACCUUUGACGAUCAGUGCCAGACUCCCAAGCACGGAGCUGGACUUGUGGACGGAGCACUUAGCGCAGCUUUUCCCUGGCCGCCUUCUCUGCUUCCCCCAGCUCCAGCUGAGAGGACUGGCAGGGGUGUCGCAGCUGUCCGAGUUGAAAUGUCUUGGAUCCCAGCUCGGACAGCUGAAAUGCCUUCGCUUGCAGAGCCUUGAGGAGGAGGACGUCAAAGGGUUUGUGUCGCUUCUGCACAAGAUGUCCCUCGAAUCGCUGCAGAUCAAGGACUUUGCAAUUGACAGGCCGACUCCUGCGACUCUGGUACCGAUUCUGAGAGCGCUUCCUUCGACGUGCACGGAGUUGGAUAUUCGCUACGUUCUUCCGGCAGUGCCAGCGUUCGCUAUGCUGCCGGCGACGGUGCGAAGGUUUGGAACACUCGUGGUGAUGGAUGAGAUCUUCUAUUAUUCUCGCAAGGUGGGGAUGAGUUUGUCGCUGUUUGUCCGUACUUUUCCGAUCAUCAACAACGUUACGCAAGUGAAGCUCAUUCUCGGACCUGGCCACUACGAGGAACCGUCGUGGCCGGCAGAUGGCGCGCACAGUUUCGUAGCGGCCUUGAACGAGAAGCUCCCGACACUGGAAAGCGUUCGCAUGAAGGUGCCUCUGGGUGCUGCAGUAUCGUGCGAAUAUGGAUGCAGCUGCCUAUCCACUGCAUUCCGUGGCGAGCUCAGCAUCGGCCAAGGCAUGCUACAGCCUUCUGAGGGACACAAUCUCAGAUCAGCAUUGCUCGUGACCCAGACAGAGUGUAUGCAGCCCUUUUUCAAGACUUGCAAUCGCGACAGGAGCUGUAUUCGUCGGGGCACUGACAGUCUCGACAGCUACUCGAAGAAGGGAUAUGCACUGCGGUUGAGAGCCACGAAUGGAGACGGAACCACGUUGACGAUGGGGGAGAACCACAUAGUUCAAAAGGGCAACAGCGAGAUCAAGCUGCUCGACCACCUCUCCCUCGCAGGCGACCUCAACCAGACGCUAAAGAGGGCUGUGGCGCUGCACCAAGCAAUGGUGUCUGACGUAAAGGAGGCUGCACUGCGAUUGAUGAAGGUCAACGGAGAUCUUGCAGACAAUAACUUGAAGAACGCUUUGAUAUUGGAACAGGCUGGACAGCUCUACUACGCCAGCGGAUCUGCAAGGAAGGGGGCCUUCCAUCUCGUCCUCGCUGGACACACCUACAACAAGCUUGGCUUUAAAAGGCUGGCCCUUUUCAGCUACCAGGCAGUCGUGGAGCUUUACCUGGGGAAGGGUUGGUUUCACAUCACGGAUCAUUUCCACUUCACCAUGGCGCGCCAAGCUUUCGGACUCGGCAUGAAAGACGAGUCUUUGGUGCAUUUUCUCAAACUGCUGAACUCGUUUGCCGAUGCACAGAAGAAGGUUUGCAUCCAGGCAGACCGCGAAAACACCUACAUAAAGGAGUUCAUCUACGUGGUGAAGGAUUGGGUGCAGACGCAAAACAUGGCUGAAGAUGCCACCGUCGACUUACAGAUACCUUGUGUUGAUCAUGACGUACGAGUCUAUCUGUCCGACGACAAGCAGAGAGAGCCUCCACUGCCUUCUGAAAGUUCAGUGGCCUCCUGGGAACAUCUCGGGGAGAAGGUGAUUGCGAACCUUAGCCAGGAGGACAGGCAAGAGCUUCUUUGGCAUCAGAGGUCUGAUGUGCGGAUCUUUGACGCUCUGCGACGCGUCAGUGCGACGGGCGCAAAGGUCUUUGUAGAGCUCGCACUGACCAACCCCAUGCGGGUGAAGUGGGAGAUUGUCGGCCUAACUCUUCGAGGGCGACUGCUGGACAGCAACCACGAGCCUUCAGAUGCUCAAGCGGUCGAGUUCACUGCACAGGAUAUCGAACUGGGACCGCUAGAGUCCAAGAAGAUUCGUCUAGCUGCGCUUCCGCAACGGGAGGGGCUGCUACAGAUCCUGGGCGUUCGAUGGACAAUCUUCGAUUGCCACAAGGUGGUUUGCGAAAGGCCGUUCCAACUAAAGGGGCGCCGGCUCAGAAACACGCUGGAGCAACGCGCAUCCAAAACAGGUGUUUACAGCGGAGAUCUUCGACUGGAGAUCAAGGUUCGUUCUUGGAAGCCCCGACUUCAAGCUCGCUUGGAGGGAUGGCCGGUGCAGAAAGAGCAGUCCACUGAAGCGAGUGCCAGUGCCGCCAGUGCUGCACUGUUGCAAGGCGAGCUGCGGCGCUGCAGUCUCGUCAUCACAUCCGACGAUCUCGAUUGCCCUUUAACGCUUCUCCAAGUUGCGACGUCGCAUCCGCAGUACCUUGCAUUGGAAGAGCCUGACACAAAGAGUGGUAAGGAGAGCUCCGUGAGACUAACUGGCGAGGGCAUCCGGUUGCAGGGCAAACUGACAACGCUCUUUGAUGCUGCCACGCACGAGUUGCGGAUACCAGUUCUGCUUCGUGUUGAUGCCGUCGGAGUGCACACCCUCCGCCUCCUCAUCCUGGCGGAGGCAGAGGGUCCUGGUGGGCCGAAAUGUGACCAGAGACAGUGGAUCACGCUGGAGGAGCAGGUUGGGGUUGAACCGGCUGUGUCGGUGACAGCGAGGCCGAGCCCGUCCUUCACCUCGGACGGUCGUUUCAUUUUCACGUGCCUCGUGGAGAACCGUGCGGCAGCACCUGUGCACGUCACUGGCAUGAGCGGCUUCUGCGAUCCUGGACUGGUGCCAUUGGACCUCCAAGCAUUCACUGCAGGUGAGCCACUGAUUGAACCCGGCGACUCCGUUCAACUGCUCUAUGCUUUGCGCUGGCCUGCUGAAGCAGCACAGGUGCCGCAGGAAGCAAGGUGGCGGCUCCUGCACGCAUGUCGGCAAGCUGCUGCAGUCAGCAGCAAGUCCAAGUCGAAGACGCAUAGAAAACCCAUCGCGACGGAUCUGGCAGCGCAUUGGCGACAAGGAGCAAAGAUUGGCGAGGUUUUCUGUUUGCAAGUGCCCUUGGAGCGUCCAGAAGCUCCUCCGUGUCCUCUGGAUCUACAUCUCUUGGCUCCAGCAGCUGCAGAGGUGUCUCAGCUGGUACCUGUGACAGUGAAGAUUCGCAACGCGUCUCUCGCAGGUCCAGUAUCGUUUUACUUCGUCGCUGAGUCGACUGCAGACUUGGCAUGGGUGGGCUGCGAGCGGUCGGAAAUAAUCCGCCUGCCUGCCAACGAGUACCACUCAGAAACAAUCCAAGCGUACUUCUCCCAGCCAGGGGUCUACAACCUCAAUCGCUUCCGGCUUUUCGUGGUCGGCAUGCCCUCCAGCACCGUCCCGGCCUCCGAGCAGGCGCCUAUGGCUUUCGCCGUGCCCUUCGAGCGCCUCCUCCAUGUUCAAGCAUCGGGCGAUACCGUCGGAAAAAGUCUUCAAACCGCCAUAAUUGGAUUACCACAAUGCCAGGCAGCUCUCAGCCUAAGGCUUUCAAUAUCAAAUACUUCGAUCUAUCAUACUACUAUUAUCAUGUGA